AGGUUUUCCAGGAUUUAGAGGAGCUGACGCCACGGGGAAAGAACUAGUGAAUCUGUUGUGAAGCGAUAGGAGCAAUACGGACCAAGAGUAAAACAUCUUUGUUGGACCAUACAGUACUUGUGGACCUGAAACACUGAAUCUAGCUAAAGACUUUUCACUGUGGCCUUUUUUUUGUAAUUAAAUCGUUGUAAAACUAAACUAAGUCAGCUGGUCGAUAUCGACUUGUUUUGUAUUUUCCUGUAUUUUUGAGUUCAGUCGGAUAACCAUGCUGCUGCACCUUUGCCUCAUUCUUUUCCUCUCUGCCUCCGUUUUCUCAGAGUCGCAGGUCCGCGAGACGGAGACAUGGAUGCCCAUGAAGACCACACAGGCGGUCGCUAUGGAUGAACACCACGUUCGUCUGGAGUCUUCAGGUGACUUUGACUUUAUUGAUGAAAGGUACGAUGACGUUGAUGAUGAAGAUGAUGAUGAGGAUGACUACUACGAUGAAGACGAAUAUGAAGAGUUUUCUGGGUCUGGAGAAGGAGAGACAAUUGAAGUCCCUAAACGACCAUCUCCGCCACCAAUGCAGCCCGACAUCAUUGACAAUAAGAUCCCGGAGGUGCGACUUCCGACACGACCAACUGUCAACGAGAUAGAAAUUGUCCAAAAUAGCAACGAAAUCCCUCUGCUGAGGAAGGAGAGCAGCGAGGAGUUUCCCGCCAAUGUCCUGAUGGCGCACGCCAGUGAUGACAGCAUCUUUAAUAAAACAGAGGUCCUCGCAGCUCUGAUCGCUGGCUGUGCCGUCGGCCUGAUGUUCGCUGUCCUCCUCAUCCUGCUCCUCAUCUACCGCAUGAAGAAGAAGGAUGAGGGCAGUUACGACCUGGGCAAGAAGCCCAUCUACAAGAAGGCGCCAACCACAGAGAUCUAUGCAUAGACUUCGCCAGUUUUCUGCCCCACCUUCUCUUCACCUGCAAACACAAACCCACCUCCUGACUUCCUGAACCAAUCAGGGCAAGUUCCUGACCUCACAGGGACUCAUCACCCCUCCCCCCCUUCCUUCCUCCUCGUCCUCCUCACUCAUCUUCUGACUGGACAGUGGAGUGACACCCAGUUACCUAGAGAGAAGCCUGUUAACAGAUAACCCAUGGACUAUUACCACCUGGUUGGUGCUUUCUUAGCCAAACAGAUGCUUUGUUGGUCUUCUUUUUAAUCAAAGAAAGUAAAGGAGCAACAGGAGUGGAGCGGCGAAACACUGUCGCUGUGUUUAUUUGUUUUUGUCCCCAAGAGAAAAAAAAAUCAAGAACACUGAGAAGUUCAUGUCUUUUACCUCUUUGUUCUUCCUCCCGCAGUGAUAAAAACACUAACACGGUGCAAUGAUUUAUUUUGUCUCAGAAUGGUACACAGUAACAGUCCAGUUAUUUAUUUUCCUUCUCUCUCUCCUCCUGUUUCUCAACCUCUUUGUUGGACUGGAGAAAAUAAUUUUAAAGUUUUUGUUUUAACAAACUCAUUGUAACUCAGAGAUUUAAGAUUUUCAGGGGUUUUUUUUUCCAAUUAAAGAUAAAGGAAAAAAAUGAGCUAAAAGUUUCUAACAUCCGUUUGUAGCUGCUGUCAACAGUCAUUGAAUAAUCUGAGAAGUGAUUUGUUCACACGCCGUAUUGCAAGACAUUUUACCCAACAAGUUAAAAAAUGCCAACCUUAAAAUUCCUCAGUUUCAUUAAAACAUGUUCAACUCCAGGGCGUGUUGAUUCUCCUCCAGGGGAAAGUCCCGUCGGUCUGGCACGUAGCACCAGAUAAUCGAGCUAAACUAAAAACAUCUGCAAAUACUGCAUGACCCAGAUCUCACUCACACACACACACGGCCUUCUUCUGCUGACAACGCUUCAAAAGAAAGACUUUUUACUACUACAAUAAUUACCUUUGUGCCUCCAGGGUUUGUUUUCUGUUAUUACAGUGAAGUGGAGCUCCUACAGGGUGACACACCUACAUUCCAAACUUGGCUCAGUCAGGUGUUGAAGUCACAAUGGAAAAUGAUGAGUUUUGUUUCUUUCAAAAUUCUAACAACUGGGGAAUCAUUGGACAUUCUGUCCUGAGACAUUUCGGUUUUCUAGAACAAUCAAAGCCUUUUCUUUUAUUUAAGGCUUCUUGGCAGAUUGAGAUGUUGCUGCCUCUAGGCAGAGUAGGUUCAGUGGAACGACCGGUAGCACAGCCAUGUGACCGGUGCACAGCCAUGUGAUCAGUCAUAGCCUUAUGCCAUUAGUAAUAUUUAAACCAAUGUCUGCAGCAAGAACAUUUUCUUGAAACAAUUUCUAAGGAUUUUUAUUUGUUUGUUUUUGUUUGUUUUUUGCUGUCAACCAUCUUCAGGUCUUCCUCAUAAAUAAUUGAACAAGUGCCUGGACUUUAGAGUCACUAGUUCAAAGAGCAGCCAGUACCUGAACCAAGCCAGGAUGGUUGGUGCUGCAAACUCUACCCUGAUGGUUUCUGUGCUCUUAUCCCCAAUAGUCCUACCUCUCAAGCAGGGACUUUAAAAUCCCAGAACUGUUAUUUAGUUCCUGGCAGUGCUAUGGGUACAGUGACUACUUCUUGGUACUAUUUUCUGCUGUGGGGGAAAAAAACAUUUUAGAACUAACUCGGAGUGGUUGAGUUCUGCAGAUGUUCUACUCAUUUAAUCUCAUUUUAUCUUCUUUGUUUAUUCUGCUAAGUUUUUUUUUAACUUGCAUAUUUGAUUUUUUUACAAUAAGCUACUCUGACAUAUUGUGAUUUAGUUAAAUCUUUAUUUCACUCAUAGAUUUGACAAGCAGCCGUUGAAGCCUCAGCAGCAGAAUUAACUAUGUUAAUAUUUCUGAAGCCCUCAGCACACAGACUAGUCUAUACAUAGUCAUUGCAAGAUAAAAAUAAAAACUAUGAAAAAAAAAAAAGAAACUUGGUACUUAGCCACACCCUGGCAACCAGAAUAAUUACCAAAUAUUUAAAUGCCAAAAUGCUUUUUUUUUUUUUUCUCCUUCCCCUCUCUGGUCCCAAAAUGGUAUCAUUUCUGUGAUUUACUGUAAUUUUUUUUUCUAAUACUAACUCGCCUCCUCUCAUUGUUCUCCAUUGUUUUAUUGCUCCUCUGAGUAGAUCUUUUUUAUAUUAAUUUAACUGUCAAAUUAUUUUAUUGCCUUCUUUCAGGUUGGGGUGUUUUCCCCCUUUUUAAGCAAUUGUAUAUGUGAUUUUUUUUUUUUUUUUUCAAAGUUUUAUACACACUAGUUUGAGAUUUUCAAAAGCAGGUAGUUUUGAAACUUUUUAUUGUAAGAGUUUCUAUUAUCCUUUUAGACCUAUUUUGUUUUUGCUUUUGUAUUUAUGUUUUUUUUUUUUUUUUUUGUUUGUAGAAGGAUUGCUAAUGCAGUUGGCGUUGAUGUGAAUGUUCAGGGGAUGUUGUGCUGAUGUGUCAUGUCGUCUGUAGCAGACCAGGUCUGGAUACGUCAGGAUGGAGAUUUGAAGAUGCUAGAUAAAAGUCUAUGUGUAAUCAAGAAUGUUCAAGAUGAGCCUUAUUGAUUUCAGACAUCAGUGAUUUUGGUCAGAAUCACUGAAAAUGGGUUUCCGGGGAAAAGUAGAGAACAAAUCCUGUGUGAACUGUGGACCUAACAUCAGUGAAGAAAUUGAUUUGUUUUCAGUAGAUACAGGGACACACGACUGGAAGUGACCCAUCCUCAAAGUAAACACUAACUCAUGCUGGGCAUUUGCUCAAGUUAAUCUGUUUAUUUUUGGUUUUAACCAUUUACUCAGCAAACAGCUGGUAGUCAGCCCCAGGUCUGGACAGCAAGCAUAGAGGAUAUAACAUACUUUCUGCUGCUUAAUGUCACAAACAUCACAUGUGAAUCAACAGUGGAGUAAAGAAACCAAUGACUCAUUGGCUUCUGUCUACAGUUUUGACCUAUUGGAAAUAAAGCUAUUUUUAUGCACAAAAAUGUUUUAA